GUCUUCUAGAAUAUAGAUGUGCUCACAUUGUGCACAUGCGUACGUGGGAGCAGGCGCAGGCACUGCAACAGGAGUCCUUCACAUCGGAAGUUAGAGAAUGUUUCACAACCAACGGUGCAGAUUACAGGGGGACGCAGAACUGGACGGCACUCCAAGGCGGGAAGCCAUGUCUGUUCUGGAACGAGACUUUCCAGCAUCCAUACAACACUCUGAAUUACCCCAAUGGGGAGGGGGGCCUGGGCGAGCAUAACUAUUGCAGAAACCCAGACGGAGAUGUGAGCCCCUGGUGCUACGUGGCGGAGCAGGAGGACGGCGUCUACUGGAAGUACUGCGAGAUCCCCGCUUGCCAGAUGCCUGGAAACCUUGGCUGCUACAAGGAUCAUGGAAACCCACCUCCUCUAACUGGCGCCAGUAAAACAUCUAACAAACUUACCAUACAAACCUGCAUCAGUUUUUGUCGGAGUCAGAGGUUCAAGUUUGCUGGGAUGGAGUCAGGCUAUGCUUGCUUCUGUGGAAACAAUCCGGAUUACUGGAAGUAUGGGGAGGUAGCCAGUACUGAGUGCAACAGCGUCUGCUUCGGGGAUCAAACCCAGCUCUGCGGUGGCGAUGGCCGGAUCAUCCUCUUUGACACUCUCGUUGGCGCCUGCGGUGGGAAUUACUCAGCCAUGACUUCUGUAGUCUAUUCCCCUGACUUCCCUGACACCUACGCCACAGGGAGGGUCUGCUACUGGACCAUUCGGGUCCCGGGAGCCUCCCACAUCCACUUCAACUUCACCUUAUUUGACAUCAGGGAUUCCGCAGACAUGGUGGAGCUGCUGGACGGCUACACCCACCAAGUCCUGGUCCGUUUCAAUGGAAGGAACCGCCCACCUUUGUCCUUUAAUGUCUCCCUGGAUUUUGUCAUUUUGUAUUUCUUCUCUGAUCGCAUCAAUCAGGCCCAGGGAUUUGCUGUCUUAUACCAAGCUGUUAAGGAAGAACCACCACAGGAGAGGCCCACCGCCAACCAGACGUUGGCCGAGGUGAUCACGGAGCAGGCAAACCUCAGCAUCAGUGCUGCCCGGUCCUCCAAAGUCCUCUACGUCAUCACCACCAGCCCCAGCCACCCACCACAGACCGUCCCAGGUAGAUGGACAGUGUAUGGCCUGGCAACUCUCCUCAUCCUCACAGUCACAGCCAUCGUAGCAAAGAUCCUGCUGCACGUCACGUUCAGAUCACAUCGUGUUCCUGCUUCAGGGGACCUUAGGGAUUGUCGUCAACCAGGGACAUCAGGAGAAAUCUGGAGCAUUUUCUAUAAGCCUUCUACUUCCAUUUCCAUCUUUAAGAAGAAGCUCAAGGGUCAGAGUCAACAAGAUGACCGUAAUCCUCUUGUGAGUGACUAAAAGCUCCCCCAUGCCCAGGACAGGAGGUUCCUCUGAGUCAAGGCCACAGGGACCACCUCUCCUGUGGUUUCCUCUGAUGAACUCUUCCCUGCCUCUCCCUCGGCCUCUUCAGAGGCACCUGCCAAUGGACUGGGAAGGGGCGCCCUGCUGCAGGGGCAGGUGUAGCCUGGGUUCGUCCUGCUUCAUCAGCUGCACUUAAGAGAGAAACUCAACGUCCCAGGGUCUGGCCCUCGUGUGUGUGUGUGUGUGUGUGUGUGUGUGUGUGUGUGUGUGUCUGAUCCUGGAAUGGGGGUGUCAGGACUCUGGGGCUGAGAUGACAAAGAUGGUUGUGUCCAGCACUGGGUUCAGGUAUAUUCUAGAUGACUGUCAGGUGGUGGGUAAGUGUAGUGUGCCUUGAGUCUUGCUUGCUUCUUCUCUGUUUUUUUCCACACAUAGAUCACUUUCUCCUGGUCUUUGUGGUUUAGAAGAAGGCCAGGCAGAGAAUUCCGAAGUUCUCUUGAGGGUUGGCCUGGUCCUCUACUCCUGGGUAUUAGCAUCCCCAAAGCCCUAAAAGGGCUCAUGCUCUGUGCUGACUCGGGCUUUGCUCUCUGGGCGCUGGAUGAGAAAAGGCCUCCUCAGUCUUUGACAGCCGGAGAAUGAGGUCUUCUGACCCCCAUUCAUGUCAAACCUGAAGCCUCCCACAUUUGGGCUUCUUCCCAUAGCUGGUGACCAACAGAACAAGCUUGUGGAGUGGUCGUAUAAAGCAUCCAUGAUUUAUUCACACAUGUGACUUCCCUGAAAGCUUGUCUAGGUGCUCAGUAACUUCUUGUGGGAUUGGAUUUGUCUGGCCUUGCCCCAAACGGCUGGUGGUCCUGUGGCACCUGAGCCAGGCCCUCAUCUCUCCAUGAUUCUCUAAGCUGACUCUAAGCUCAGUUCAGAAACAGGAAUAUGAAUCUCAUGGCUUAGCAUCUGGGCAGCAUUAUGGAAGACAUGGUGCCACAGUCCCCCUUCAGCUGUCCCUCAUUGUGAAAGAAGACAAAAACCCCUCACUGCGCCCAUGUUCUCUGCGGCCCUCUCUGCCCCUUCUACGGGAACGGAAUGGCUUGGUGGGGAGAGAGAGAGCUCUUACCCCUGAUCCCACACGACCCUGCCCCUGGUUGUGAGAAUCAGUGCCUCUCCGGUUUAGAAGUGCCCACCACCCACAAGCAGGCUUUGUCAGCAGCAGUGAGAAGAGCAGCCUGGGCCUCUGAAGGCCAGGUCUGCGCCUUGGUCAGAACAUGACUCUCCCUCCGGCACUUGGGCCUUGGGCCUUGCUGUGCCUCUGGCCUCCCAGGUUCCCUCUUUGCAGCACUUUGCCGAGUUUCCCCAAGUCCCUGAGCCACUGCCUGCCAUGGCCCUUCCUGGGGUUCUGCCACGUUGGCAACCCGUCUGAAACUGGCUGCUGCCAGAAAAGCGGGGCAGCGGGGAGGUAUCCACAGGGAGAAGUGACACUUGGCAACCAGGAGAGAUGCCAGGAGCUGGAGGCAGAGGGGCCUUCAGAGGGGGAACAGGGCCGUGUGUCCACAGGGAGUAAGGGGGGGAGGGGCGUUGCUCCAGGCACCACGUGAGACCCACCACAAGCAUGGGGCUGCUUGAUGCUGUCUUCACGCUUUGAUCUGGAAAGGCCGUUUCCCGGGAGCAGCUGUCCGCAGACCCGGGGUCUGGAGACAGAAGUCUGUCCCAUCAAGGACCACCAGAAAUAUACUGGCAUGUGCAGUCUCCCUUCCAAGCUAUUCCUGGCAUUUGAGGAAUCUCCUCUCAAACACAAGUGUCAGGUGUGCAGUAACAAAGGGCCCUGAGCUGUGAAUACACCCACAUCCAAGGGAAUGUGGGAUUUGGCAAAGGGUUCGCCCAGCCAACAGGCAGCGCGGCUGCCUAAGACUUACUCUGGUCACUGGCCUUGGGAGCCGCCCGCCCGCCCUGCUCACCUCACACUGGUCACAGGGGCCAAGCCCCAAGCCAGUGUGUUGUCUGAGCGGCAGCAGGAUCAGCCCUUUCUCAGAGAUCCUGGAAGCGCUGGUGAUGCCCCAGUGCUCUCCUUCCAGCCGGUCCUGGAGCAGCCCAGUGCCUCCAGGAUCAACUUACUGCCCAGGGAGGGGCCACGGGAAUCCCAAACCAGCUUCAGGACAGCAUGGGGGAAGAGAGCCAUAAACCAUCGCAGGCUGACCCUCCACACACUCCUUGGCCACAGCCUGGCCAUGUCUUGGUUGGAGCCUGUCGGCAACACCCCACAGAGGAUCCCCUGUGGCUAAGUAAACAGCUGAGAAAGCAAGAGGUUAGGUGUGCCUCCAGGAGGCACUUGGCCUUUUAAGACACUGCUCUAGAAGAGAGAAAGAAUGGGGUUGGAGGUGAUUGGAAAGGGUGACCCUGAGAAAAGUCCAUUACAGAUCACAUUGCGGAAGAUGAUGAAACAGGAAGCGGGGGCUCUGGGGACCACCGUGGGCAGUGGCUCUGAAAGCAUCCAGUCCACAGCCUCUGCCCUGAGGUGGGUGAGUGGAGGAGGCUGCAAGUGGGUGCCUCAGGACCUGCGUGCCCUCCUCUUCCCGUUCACUGCUGGUAGCCAGGCCCUGGCUCUCCGUGUAUGUCCCACCAUGAGGGAGGGCCACUGCCCUUGUUGCCUCCCCUUUCCUUCGCCGUGUUUCAGUGCCCUUGGCCCCUCUAGAAGGCACUCAGUGCCCGUGCUCUUCCCCAUGUGUCGCUGCUUACAGAGCAGAGAAGGAGUAGGAAUGAACCCGGGGUACCUACCCCCACACCCCAUGUCAGAACAGGGUAGAAGGCCUCUGGGAAUAAGCGAGGUAAGGUGAAUGCUGUAACUUCUGAAGUGUGGGCUCUAGCUCAAGAUUCCAGUCAACCAGAAACCCACGAAGAUCAAAGCACUAGUGAAUGCCGCCAUUCUGGACCUCAGGCCAGACCUGUGGGGAAAGGCCUCCCCACACGCCCCAUCGUCAGCUCAAGCAGGAGUCGCCUGACCCAGCUGAGGAUCCGGCCAGGCCAUCCCAGCACCCGCGGGCACACAGGCUGUCGCCAAGCCUCUGUGCGUCCCGUCGAGCACUUAAUCCUCACCAGCACUUAGUGGACGGCCUCAGAGAUCCCAGUCUCCCCUGCCUGCCGAGGCCACCCCAGGUCUCCCGCAGAGCAGGCCAGCUCCACGCCAUAGCCCCGUCAACUGGCACCCUCUUGGGUUGCAGAUCUCCUAUGUGGGGUUUGAUGCCGGCUAUUGUUACUACCUUGGGAAUUUUUAACCUUUUACUUGUUUCCUCUGGUGUCUUUGUUUACCUUCCUCACUCUUCUACCUCCUGGCCAGGUCUCUCAGCUUAGCUGCCCUGGCGUGGGGUAUUUCUCAAACCUUCCAGCCGCAGCUGCCUCCCCUCAGGCUGGCCGGCUCAGGGGUGAAAGGGCCUCCCCCGCUGCCUGCAGACCCAGGGGGGUGCCCAUUGCACAGGCUCUGUCUUGUGAGUCCAGCAUACUCAACAAGACGGAAGCGGGGUGUGGAAGGAAGUCCGAGGCACAUCUGCUUCAGAAAGAAUGUGUCUUCGGGAGCACGCGGCGGGAGCUGCCAUCGCAGGGGUCACGCAGCGUCCAGACCUGCCCACGUCCAGGCUCACCUUCCUGUGGGGAUCUUGACUUUGGAUGACAAGGCUUUAUUUGUAAAUAUGCUCUUAAUAUGCAACUUUGAGAAUAAAAUAGAAACAUCAUGUAUUUUAAAAUAUAAGAUGAAGUGUGACGCACUGUAUACAAUUUAAUAUAUAUUUUUAGGGGUUUUGUUAUUUAAGAAAAUGGAAUGUAAUGGUACUUAACUUUUACAAAAGAGAGAAAAAUGUUAUUUUUACUGCCUGGAGAAAAUAAAUAUUCUCAUUGUUGUAGAAAUGGGA